CGCGCGCGUGUGUGUGUGUCUUUCUCUCUCUCCAAUGUAGUGCAUUAAAAAUAAGUUCAAACGUUCAGCUUCCAAAAACUCAAAAUGUCUAAGGACGGAACCCUCCUGUCGCGCUUGCAAUGAAACGAAAUCCAAGCUUGGUGUCGACGCCAAAUGAAACAAGCUGGAUCAGGCUGUGGACGUGGCCGAGACACGCAGGCUGUGCAUGUGUGUCUGCUGCCUGGAUCUUCCACGUGGCUGCCAACACACUCACUUUUCCAUUCGGUGGCGGUUAAGAGCGCGCGCCUGGCGCAGUGCAGAGCCCGCGGCGCGUUCACGUAUCAGCUGCAAGAGGAGGCGAUACUACUGGUAAUUGAACGCACCACCACCUUAGCGAUACUGUAUCUCACCUUUUCCCUUCGCUGUGUGCUCACUUCAUCUGCGUUGAUAGGCUUGAUCAUGGAUAGACAUCUGAACAGACUAGUCCCAUCAGUUCUGGUUCUGGCUCUGGUCCUGCACGUUCACCCAUCCCAGACUGCACCUCAAAGAGAGGAUCCAGAGAAAGUUCAGCCAGAUUCCAGAUUGCUGACCAAUCCUUUUGGUUCAGGAGAGGAGGAGCGAAGGUUGCUGCAGCGUUACAUUGAGUUAACAAAAAAAGACGAUGUUCGGAUCAACUCGCGAGAUAAAGAGGUGUUCUACCUGUUUCGUCUGUAUGACUUCGACCGCAGCGAACGCCUGGACGGCUUGGAGAUGAUGAAACUGCUGUCGGACUACAAUUCCCAGCAUGCAACUGAGGAACAGGCCAAUGACAUGGAUGUGGUGUCCCUGGUGGAUUUCCUUCUUCAGAGUCAGGAUGUGAACCGGGAUGGUCUCUUGACCCCCUCAGAGCUGCUCUCUCUUCCAUCAGCUCACACAGAGGACAGUCAGAUCGAAGAUCGGCGAUCGGAUGAUCAGAAGGCGAUUCUGGACGAGGGGACGCCAGACAUGGAUACCAAGCAGGAGAUGAUGGAAGCAGCCAAAGAACACGAGGAGCCUGAUGAGCACAGUCAGGCUAAUCAAGAGGAGGUGCAACACGAAGUUAGAGCAGAAGCAGAACAAGAGACCAUGCGACACGCAGACGAACACAGAGGACAGCAAGUCCCGGAAGACUUUGCAGCAGAGCAGAGGCAUGAACAGGAAGUCCCUGUACAUCAGGGCCAACCGGAAAUAUGAACACACAAGCACUGCAGAAGACUGAUGGAAUAUAGGGUGGUCAUAUAUCGGCAUCCAUUGUCUGAGACCACUUCUUUGCCAUAUUUAUGAAACAGGAGCAGAAGGAAAUCUUCAAUUAAAAAUGCAAUCUUUUUUUCAAACUCCAGGUAACAUUUCAGACUCGUAAAGCAUGUUCAACGAAUAGAACUAUGCACUUUUAAGACCACUAGAUAUGAUUUCCAGGAUUGAGUUCUUUCUGUGGACGGAUAUUGUUUACAUGUCGUGCGCCUAAUAGGCGUGUACAUAGUGCAGUGAAAUCAACCACGUCUUCCUCCUUGACUUGUUCUAAACAAUAAUUGAGUAAAAGGCAAUUCUCUCUUAGUAUGCCAAACCCGAUAAAAAAAGGCAGAUUUUGGAGAAUUUUAGUGUGACUGAUGGAUGGCAUAAAAAAUGUUCACUUCAUGAACUCCAGCUUCCUAAUAGCUGUCUGAAAAUAUUCAUGAAAACAUCAACAUUUUAGUACCCAAUCCUAUUGUGUACUGUAUCUGUAUUGUAGAGUAUGUUAUGAAUGGGUUUAUGCAUUGCUGUAAAAACCCCGCCAGACAUGAUACUUUUCCAUUCUUAUUUGUUUUCAUUUUCAGAAUUUAUUAAAUGAGUUAAAUUCUCAA